AUGUCGGUGUCUGCAGGCAGCCCGAUCAAUUUAUGCAUUCUCUACACCGUUCUUGCCUUCUUCUUGCCCUUCAGCAAUGCGGCUCAGCAGCAGCCCUUGCGAACAGCUACAGCUCCGAAACGGGUGGCUGUCAUCGGAGCCGGCGCGGGAGGCUCGUUUGCUGCGUAUGAGCUACGCAAACUAGCAGACACCGCGGACAUCCAUGUUGACAUCACGGUAUUCGAGCGCGCAUCUUAUAUCGGCGGCCGCUCAACAACAGUCAAUGCAUUCGAAGACCCUGCAUAUCCAAUUGAGCUUGGAGCCUCGAUCUUUGUGCAAGUCAAUCAUAACUUGGUGAAUGCCUCGCGUGAUCUGGGUCUCGAUGUCCGCAGUGCAGAUCAUGCGCAGCCUCGGGAAACCGAUGAAUCCAUUGGUAUUUGGGAUGGUAAGGAGUUUGUCUUCACGCUGAAGAAUAGUUCCAGCUGGUGGAAUAUCGGCCGUCUCUUCUGGAGAUACGGGCUAGCCCCACUGCGCGCUCAAAACCUAAUGAAGAGCAUCGUUGGAAAGUUCCUGCGUCUGUACGAGGAGCCGCUCUUCCCGUUCCGCUCGCUUUCUGAGGCUUCAGUGGCCCUGGAUUUGAUCAAUGCUACUUCUACCCCGGGAGAUGCAUUCCUCGGUGCAAAUCAGAUUUCUGAAUUGUUUUCCCGGGAGAUCAUUCAAGCAAGCACGCGAGUGAACUAUGGCCAGAACUUGGCUCUGAUCCAUGGCUUGGAAUCUAUGGUUUGCAUGGCUACUGAUGGAGCAGUGUCCAUCGAUGGCGGGAACUGGCUGAUAUUUGACGGUGCUCUCAAGACCUCCCAGGCUGAUGUCAGGUUGAAUACCACCGUCACCGCGAUUCUCCGGGGCGACGACGGCACUGCACGCAUUACUUCACACCCGAGUGACGAUGUCAACUCGGGUCGUUCUUUAACGGAGACAUUUGAUGAAGUUAUCGUGGCUGGGCCUUUGCAGUACUCUGGAAUCUCCGUCUCUCCACCAUUAGAGCACAUCCCGGAUGACAUUCCGUACGUGAAGUUGCACGUCACGCUUCUCUCUUCUCCGCAUCGCAUCUCACCGCAUUACUUUGGUCUCGACGGCCAAGGAGCGCGAGCCCCAGAGACCAUUCUGACCACCCUCCCCGAAGGCCUUGAUCUCGGGUCAAAUCCAAAGGGUGUUGGACCCGCUGAGUUUUGGAGUAUCAGCACUCUCCGCACGGUAGACCGACUCGUCCUGAAGAACGGGAAAGAGAAGCUAGAGCAACACUACGUGUACAAGAUCUUCUCGCCAAAACGGCCGACAGCCGAGUUUGUGGCUCAAAUACUUGACAUUGAUUAUACCAACGGCGAUGGGUCGGUGACGGUUGCCGAGGGCAACACCACGAUUGGAGACUUGUCCAAGAGCGAUAUUAGCUGGUUCCACGAGAAGCUCUGGUACCCAUACCCAUUGUUGUAUCCGCGGGUUACGUUUGAAGAGACUCUCUUGGCGCCGGGUGUCUGGUACACCAGCGGAAUUGAGAGCUUCAUCUCGACGAUGGAGACCAGUGCUUUGAUGGGUCGGAAUGUGGCGACGCUUAUGGUUCAAUCGUGGCAGCAGAAGGAUUCGACGGACCAAACGUCUUGGGCUGCGAAAACAGAGCUCUGA